AUGGGCCCCAGUACACUGCAGGCCCUUCGCGUGGUCUGCAGCAGAGGAUCGGCGACCCAACAGCGACGAACUGUUAAAACCAGGGAAGGUUAUGAAAACGAGCCACCUCUUGCACUAAAUAACUUGAUACGCGGUGAGUCAUCAAAUGCUGAUCUGGUGCUGGUUAAUUUGCCACAACAUCGUGGAGAUAUGCCGGCUUCAAGGCUGCUUCAGAGUUUGGAUGCCAUCACGGAGCGCUUAGCGCGUGUGGUCGUCUUCAGAACCACAUGUGAUCCGUAG